AUGAUAACGAAGGCAGUAGAAGCUAGUGGAACAGUUACUAUUACAACUGUAACCCAGCAACUAUUUCGAACAAAGAUGGAUUUUAAUGAAUGUUUCAUUCAUCCAAAAUCAUUCUCUUUAGACCCUAACAUUUAUACAGAACUUGUAGAACAUUAUACAAACGAGGCUUUAUGUUUUCCUGUUAAAGUUAUGGAUUGGAUUCCUAUGGACGGUUCAUUCUCAAAGAAUACAGAUAGUUCAAGUGCAACAUUUACAGCAGCUUAUACGCCUAUUAAUGUUAAAAGUAUUUGGGCACUAUUUAGAAAGAAAGACAACUAUUAUGUUAAUUUUGAGAACCCUAAGUUUAAAUAUCUUCAGCUUUCCAUGGGAGCUUAUGGAAAUAUGCCUGCAGAACCUGAAAAAUCAUAUGGACCUGUAUUUUAUGAAAUGGUUGCGAACGCUUGCAAUACAAACAAUGAUAUGAUAGGAUUUAAUGAAGAUGUUAUGAGGUCAUUGGUGGAUGAUGGUAGUGUGGAACAUAAAUGGGAUAGCUAUGACAACACACAUUUCUUAUGUGGUUUUCCAACAGAAGUGGACUUUUGCUUCCAGCAAGGUCAAACAUCUACUGCUCCAAUAACAUACAAAUUGUC